UAGAAAGCGAUUGCUGGUUUGAACCCUCCACCUUUGCUGGAGCAUCGCAUCUGCUCGCCAGCCAGCUCGCUCUAGGACUUGCAACCAAUUCAAGCAGUUUGGCGGACUGGCAACUUGACAUACGCUAUUUGGACUAACGAUCGGUUGCAUUUAUUCUUUCGAUCACUCGUUGUUUGUUUUGUUUUAAAAAAAAAAGAUCUGAACCUCGUUUGCACACCUUCAACUGCCACGGAGAAAAUUCCAGGAAACAUUUUGGUCCUUUCUUUGUGGGAGAAGCUAAGGGAAAAGAAGUGUGUUUUGGGCUUUAUUUUAUUUUUCAUUUUUAAACCUUUUUUUUUCCUAAAAUGCACUGCUAUCUCCUGAGCGUGUUCCUCACCCUGGAUCUGGCCACGGUGGCCUUUGCCCUGUCUACGUGCAGCACCCUAGACACGGACCAGUUCAUGCGUAAGCGGAUCGAAGCGAUCCGAGGCCAGAUCCUGAGCAAACUGAAACUCACCAGCCCUCCGGAAGAGUACCCCGAGCCCGAGGAGGUUCCUCCGGAGGUCAUCUCAAUCUACAACAGCACGAGGGACUUGCUGCAGGAGAAGGCGAACCACAGGGCGGCCUCUUGCGAAAAGGAAAGGAGCGAUGAGGAAUAUUACGCCAAAGAAGUUUACAAAAUUGACAUGGGGAGUUACUACCCGUCGGCAAAUUUCAUCUCAACAAGCAAUCAAAACCCAUAUUUUAGAAGAGUGAGGUUUGAUGUCUCAGCAAUGGAGAAAAAUGCUUCCAACUUAGUGAAAGCAGAAUUUAGAGUCUUCCGCUUACAGAAUCCAAAAGCUCGUGUAUCAGAACAACGGAUAGAACUGUAUCAGAUGAUCAAAAACAAAGAUCCCACAUCACCUACACAACGCUAUAUUGAUAGCAAGGUCGUGAAAACAAGAGCUGAGGGUGAAUGGUUAUCAUUUGAUGUAACUGAGGCUGUACAUGAAUGGCUCCAUCACAAAGACAGGAAUUUGGGACUUAAGAUCAGUUUACAUUGUCCGUGCUGUACAUUUGUGCCUUCAAAUAAUUAUAUUAUCCCAAACAAAAGUGAAGAAUUAGAGGCAAGAUUUGCAGGUAUUGAUGACCACCCUUAUUCCAGUGGUGAGAAAGCUUUAAAGUCGAGUAGGAAAAAAUACAGUGGGAAGAGCCCACAUCUUCUGCUAAUGUUAUUACCCUCCUACAGACUUGAGUCGCAACAAUCCAGUCGGCGGAAGAAGCGUGCUUUAGAUGCUGCUUAUUGUUUUAGGAACGUGCAAGAUAACUGCUGUCUACGUCCAUUUUAUAUUGAUUUCAAGAAAGAUCUUGGAUGGAAAUGGAUACAUGAACCUAAAGGAUAUCAUGCAAAUUUCUGUGCAGGAGCUUGUCCCUAUUUAUGGAGCUCAGACACUCAGCACAGUAGAGUGCUUAGCUUGUAUAACUCAAUCAACCCAGAGGCAUCUGCAUCUCCAUGUUGUGUAUCUCAGGAUCUGGAACCCCUCACUAUCUUGUAUUACAUUGGCAAAACACCCAAAAUUGAACAGCUUUCAAAUAUGAUUGUAAAGUCUUGCAAGUGCAGCUAAGGGAUGUAUUGGAGCAUUUUGGGAUAUGUAUAUUUUUUUUCCCUCUGGAAAGAAAAGAAGAAAAAGAAACAUUCAAAAAGAAGGAAACAAAAAAAUAUAUAUCAUCCAUGGUUUUUAAAAAGAAAAAAAAAAGAAAAUGAAACGGUACUAGUCUGAAUGGAUCGAAAGUUGGUUUCACUGUUUCGUGUUUUGUUUUUAAACAGUCAUCUGAUGCAAAACCAUGAAGCCUUAUCCUACAUUUCAUCUACUUGGUUAGUGAGAUAGACAUGAAGCAUUUUUUAGGAAAGCAGAAAUACUAACAAGAAAGAAAAGAAAGAAAACGUUUUUUAAAAAAUAAACACUGGAAGAAUUUGUUAAGAGUUCUUAUGUGAAAGGAAAAAACAGGAAAAUCCCAUUAAGUGGAGUUGCUGUAUCUAUCCCGUGGCUUACUUGAUUUUUAUAUUGUUAUGCCAUAGAUGCCCUAUCUGUUCCUUUUAGUUUUUAGAAUUAACAGUGCAUUAUUUAUUUUUGUGUAAUGCGAUCAAACAAGAAUAUGUAUUGCCCUAGGGGUUAUGGGGACAGACUAGAAAGACACAAAUAAUCAGACCAAAAUAAACGACUUAAAUUUUUUUUUAAUCUCUGGGGAACAUGAACUCAGAAAUAUCCUGAAAACAAUAAUUAGUUUAUCCCAAUUAAAACAGAACUCUGUUAUUACAUCAUUAAGAAAGCCUACUAUAAAAGAAAAGCCACACACCCCUUGUUUUCUUGCGGAAAGCCUGAGAGGGCUUCUCAUAUCAUUGUUAUAAUACUGAGGAGGUUAUUAAUAAAGGACAUUCUGUAUUUCGUCUCAAAGACAAAUCUAUUAAGAUUAAAACAACAACUGUAAAUGAAUAAACUGUCAAUUUAGUAAGCCAGUGAAAUAUUUAACAUGUACCGGUCUCAUCUUCAGACCCUAAUAUGUUGCUGUAUAGCUAUGCUUUGAGAUUGUUUUUGAUAUAUGUAACCACACCUAUAAUAUUAAAAAAGGGUGGAUAGUAAGAAGCCAGCUAAAUUGGAAACAUAUCUGUAGAUCUCUAUUGUAAACUAUUAAAAAAUUAAGUACUUUAUGUGUAAUGUGUAAAUUUUCACCAUAUUUUUGUAUUCUGUUAAUACUGUCAACUCUGAAGAAUUUGAAUUUGGGGGCUCUUGUUGAUUACUCAGAAUCAUGUGCUUCCCUCGAGCUGGCCAGUAUAAGUAGAGUCCCCUGUACUUUUAACUUGCACUACAAAUACAUGUUUUAUAAUAUUUGCUAUA